AUGCUCAUCAUACCUUCGAAACGGAUCAACCGACCUUUGCCGAGGGCAAGAUGUCAGAUCGGUUCCUCACAACUCGUGGAGCGCUUGAGCAAUUACGUUGAAAACGACAGACAUGCCCUUUCUGGACCACUCAGAUGGUGGCAACAAUGA